AUGGCAAACUCAACCGAGAUCAGCUAUGGUGGCACGAGAUGCUUGAAUGGAAACAGUGAACAGAGUAGGUCGUUGAAAGAUGCUGAUAAAAUGUCAAAGGAUUUGGAUGAGUUGAAUGUGGAAGAUAAAAAUGGAGAAGAGUGUAGUGUGGACUUUGAGUAUGAAGAGGAAACCCAUGUUGAUGGUACUGAUGCAACAAUAGAUAUCAACAAUGAAGAUGACAUCCUAAUGAUUGAUCUUAAGAAUUUUUGUCCUGAAAAAGUCUCAAUGCUGAGCUUUAUUAGCUUGGAUAUUGCUUAUUUAUUCUAUACUUGGUAUGGAAGGGUGAAUGGGUUCUCAGUUCGUAGAAGCAGUAUUCUGCGGAGCAAAACAAGUCAUGAAGUAUUGCAGCAGACCUUUGUGUGCUCUAGCGAAGGUAAACAUCGACUCAGCUGCUUAAACAUGGAAGACCGAAAGCGACGGGCAAACAAUGAGACAAGGCUAGGAUGUGAAGCCAAGUUCAGAGUCCACAUCCAUAUUGUUACUCGACAUUGGUAUGUGACUAUUUUUGCAUUUGCACAUAAUCAUGAACUUUUGGAUGGACUAUCUUGUGGAAUGUUACCUGCUUAUAGGAAAAUGAAUGAGUUUGAUGUUGUGCAAAUGAAUAACAUGAGGAUGGCUGGUAUAGGUGCACAUGAUAUUUUUAGUUCCUUUGCAAUGCAGUCAGGUGGUUAUGAGAAUGUUGGUUUUAGACAGAAAGCCAUUUAUAAUCAAGUAGAAAAACAGAGGGCAGAACAUGAAUCUGAUGGUGUGGCCGCAUUGAAGUACUUGAAACAAUUACAAAUAUCUGACCCCAAGCUUUUUUUUCGGUACAAAGAGAAUAGUGAAGGUAAAUUGGAGCACCUGUUUUGGAGUGAUGGAAUGAGCCAAAUUGAUUACAAGGCAUUUGGUGAUGUGGUUGCUUUUGAUGCCACGUACGGUAAAAACAAGUAUAGGUGUCCUCUGGUGUUUUUUUGUGGCGUUAAUCAUCAUCAACAAACCAUUGUGUUUGCUUCUGCAAUUGUUGGGGAUGAAAAGGAACCUGCGUAUGUUUAG